GAAACACCCUGUGCAAAUAAAUAAAGCCAACAAGACCGAACAAAACUUUAGUUUUACCGUAAAUUUUGUCGGAAAUGGAUAGUUAUCCCAAAAAUUUGGUCGAUCAGUAUUUAAAAACCUCUACAAAGCUAAAGAAAAUUGAAAAGGCAGUCUUCAAACGUUUUGGGCCAAAUGUUUCCGAAGUUUUAGAGGACUAUGGCCGUUUGGCUAUUAAGUUUGAAGAGGCCGGCAUUUAUCAAUAUGCUGCCAUGUGCCAGCUGGGUGUUGCAAAAUGUGAAAAUUAUUUACAAAAUGCUAUGGCCGAGUGUCAGGCUUUACUGAAAGCGGCUCGUUUAUUUUUAAAGGCUCACGAAGAAAUGGAGUCUUUGCUAUUGAGAUCCAAUCGCCCCGAGUAUAGGGAAACCGCUUUGCAUUGUUUUACCCAGGCUGUGGAAAAAUGUCCCGAUGAUAGUGUCAUUAAGGCAGCCAUUAUAAGAGAAAUGACUCCUUUACAGCCGCAUUAUGAAGUGACCAGUACUUUUAACUCACCGGCACAUCGUAUAUACGAAUUGGAAGUGGGCACCGAACAAUCUUUAAAAAAUCAUGAUUAUCUUAAGGCCCUGCAACAGUUAGAUGAUAUUGUGGACAAUAUUUAUGAGCGUAAAAAGCAACAUCUCUAUCAGGAGGUUUUGGCUAGAGUAGAAAUAUUAAGGGUACUGCUCUUAGUGGCCCUAACACUGCCACCGGCACGACAAACCCCAGCUCAUAUAAAACUUAUUGAGUUUUAUGUUCAAUUGGCUGAAUUUCAGCCGGAAGAAAAUCUAGUGCCCAGUCCCACCCAUUCACCAGUGCAUGAAGUCCACACCUUUAGCUCCUGGCGUCCGGGUUCAUAUUUGACACAAUUUCAAAAAUUUGCUUUGGCUGAAAUCAUUUUAGCUUGGCAUCUCAAUAAACCGCGUGAUUUGAAAGUGGCGUUGCAAGAGUUUCGUCAUAAUUUUAUAUCGCUAUCCGAAACUCAAAGAUUUCUGAUAAAUAGUAUUAUACAAAAAGUUGAUAAAAAGUGUUAAGGAGUUGUUCCAGCAGAAAAAAAGUGAAUUAAGUCAAGAUUUUAAAGCAAGUUUAUUUAAGCAAGUUCAAUAAAUUAUUUUAUCAAGAAAAACGUCAACGGAUCUAAAGGUAA